UACUCCACAAACCACAAAAUCUCCCAUGGCCGUUGACUCCGCUGACUACAUCUUCUUGCUUUUUUUCUUCUUCUUCUUCUUCUUCCUCUUCUCCACUCUCAUCUUCUUCAUCUUCCGUUCAUCCAAGAAAAAGCCCGCGCGAAGCCCCCCGAGCCCGCCGGCCCUCCCCAUCCUUGGCCACUUCCACCUCCUCAGCUCCGCCCUGCCCAAGUCCCUCGAGGCCCUAGCCCGCCGCUAUGGCCCCCUCAUGCAGAUCAGCAUCGGGUCGUCCCGCUUCCUGGUCGCCUCGGAUGCAGCCACUGCACAGCAGAUCCUGAGGACCCACGACGUCAAGUUCGCAUCCAAGUUCGUCUUCGCGUCCUCCCACCACAACAUCUUCAAGGAGGCCGAGUUCGUGAACGCUCCUUACGGUGCGUACUGGAAGUUCAUGAAGCGGCUGUGCAUGACCAAGCUCUUCGCCGGCCCGCAGCUCAACCGGUUCUCCCACAUACGCGAGGACGAGACGAUGAAGCUCUUGAGGUCCUUGUGGAAGUGCCACCGGCUCGGCGAGCCGUGCGACCUGAGCACGAAGCUGACCGUCCUGACGAACAACAUGCUGUGUCGGAUGGCGAUGAGCAAGAGAUGCUCGGGGAGCGACCAUCAAGCGCAAGAGAUUAGAGAGAUCGUGAGGGACACGAUGGUUUGCGCCGCGAGGCUAAGCUUCGCGGAGGUGCACGGGCCGUUGAAGCGCGUUGACCUGUUCGGGAACGGGAAGAGACUGAGGACAGCGCUGAGGAGGUUCGAUGCGUUGAUCGAGCAGAUAAUCAAGGAGUACGAGGAUGACUGUGGUGAGGCGAGUGAGGAGAAAGAUGUGAUGGACAUCUUGUUGGAGACGUAUAGAGACCCAAAUGCUGAGACCAGGUUGACCAGAGAUCAGAUCAAGCAUUUCUUCCUAGAUCUUCUGAUAGCCGGCGUCGAUACCACGUCAGCAUCCAUGCAGUGGGCCAUAACCGAGCUAUUGAAACACCCUCACAUGCUCAAGAAGCUGAGGGAGGAGAUCGACUCGGCGGUUGGGUCGACCCGGCUGGUCCACGAAUCGGACGUCCCGAACCUGCCUUACCUACGGGCCGUCGUGAAGGAAACCCUGAGGUUGCACACUCCGGGGCCCUUGCUCCGCCGCAAGUGCAACAGCAACUGCGAGAUCAAUGGCUACGAUGUGAAGGUCGGGACCAACAUCUUGAUCAAUGCCUACGCCAUCAUGCACGACCCGGGCACGUGGGAAGACCCGGAUGAGUUUGUCCCGGAGAGGUUCAUGGCGGGCGACGGGCAUGGUGAUGGUCAUCAUAUGGAGCUGAAAGGCCAGGACUUCCAUUUCCUUCCGUUCGGCAGCGGAAGGAGGUCGUGCAUCGGGGUGGCUCAUGCCACGAUAGUGAUGCACACGGCGAUCGGAGGGCUGAUUCAGUGCUUCGAUUUGGAAGGAGGAGAUAAGGUGGAUAUCAAGGUGGUGACAGGAUACUCCGGUACGAUGGCGAACCCGCUCGUGUGUUAUCCGAUCGGACGGUUGAACCCAACCGUCUUGCACGUAAAAUAGAGCAACAAUGGACUAAAGAUAUUAACGUGUCUACAUCUUCAUAUCUCUAUGUAAUGCGAGGAUAAAUAAUGGCUUGUUUGUUUAUGCAAUGUUGUUCCUGGAGUGUGAAACAGUUUCGUCUUAAGCAAUGUGUCUACAUCUGCAUAUCUCCAGGGUUGAUGAGACAGUUUAUGUAAAAUUUCUUCAUGGUGGCGGUAUAUGCUCAAGAUUUUCCACUAUUUUUUUUUUA